UCUUGUCUCCCGACAUAGCAUUGUUGAUGUGCGAGGUUUGUGACAGGUCGGCUGUUUCAAUUUACACCUGUUUGGGAUAUACGUGUUGUACCGCCGGUAGACAAUCAUCAUUUCCUAAAGUCAGUCAUUGUUUCCUUAAGUCAUCAUUUCCUAAAGUGAUAAACUCAAAUCCACAACCAGUGAAGAUUUGUAGCAGUUUUUCAAGGCUUAAAAAACUUCUUCAUUAACAAGCGGGACUAGGAGUGGGAUGAAUUCAAAUUGAAAUUCGCCAAAAAUGUUCGCAAUCAAGGCGAUCGUGUUUCUCAUGUUCGCCACAUCCACAUGGGCGCUCACUGUGCGGGAGGUCAAGCUGGACUGUCAGCCAGGAUGGACCAAGAUUGGUCAAAAGUGUUACAAGCUAUUUAUAGACGCGUCAUCGUGGACUUCUGCUGACAGCUUCUGUAAAAGCUAUGGCGGCCAUCUUGCUGCCCCAUUUGACUACUGGGAAAACGAGGAGAUCGGGGCGUUUGUUACCAGCAACAUUAGCACCGAGUUUUGGCUGGGUGCAAAUCGCAUAGGGGCGCCGCCAAACGACCAAAGAAUUUUAAAGUUUACCGGUGGUCUGGACACCCAAAUGUGGGUCGGACACUGGCACAUUCACCAACCUGAAUUUCUAAUUGGCGAUUGUGUGUCUGUUUUUAAAAAUGUCAAUGGAGUUCAUAAAUGGAAACUGGGCCCUUGUGAGACAAAAUUGCCGUUUUUAUGCCAAAGGCCAGUUUGCUCUGGAGGAAGCUUUCAUUGUACUAACGGGGGGUGUCUCCACCCUAGUUUACAGUGUGAUGGAGACGAUGAUUGUGGCGAUGGUUCAGAUGAAAUGGACUGCAAUUCUGCAAUGAACAUGUGCCGUUAUAAAUUGUUCCUGUCUGGACCUUCCCACAUUACGUACCCUGCAAGUGGUGGCACAUAUCCCAGCAAUGUGGACUGCUCAUGGGCCAUUGAGACACAGUUGGGGAAACAUGUCCAGUUGAAGAUAGUGAAGAUUGCCACAGAACAAGUGCAGGAUGAGUUGAUCCUACUUGAUGGGGGGCUAACAGAGAGCACUGCCACAGAAUUAGCUCGUCUGACUGGCAGGAGCUCAACUCCCGCCUACUUCUACAGCUCUAACAACAUGAUGUUGCUCAAGUUUAGGUCUGACUCUGGAGGAAACUUUGCAGGAUUCAACAUUGAUCUUGAUUCAGUGCAAGCUAGUAAUGACUUAACCACAAAUAGAUUGAUAGCAAAAGAUGCGCUUCAAGAACUAAGUUUUCCUUUCUACAACGAUUACCAAUUUGGUUACCAAGAUUUUACCUACAUCAUUGAAGCUGAGACAUUGGGGAAAAUUGUUACCUUACAGAUCCUAGAGCAAGAUUUAGCUCCAGACUCUAGAGUUAUAAUUAGAGACGGCAAUUCUGUUUUGAGUCCCUUGCUGAAGGUCUUGAGAGGCCGAUACAGUGGCAAUGGUUUUGUCUUCUCAACUGGCCGAGACAUUCUGGUCUCACUUCAAACACUCAAAGGUGGAAAAUACAAAGGUCUCAAAGUUGGAUAUAAACAAGGGUGUGAGGUGACAAUCAAGAGUGGCACAGGGUACAUCAACUCCCCAGGAUGGGAGGUUGACAGCUACCCAAAUGACCUUGCCUGCACUUGGACUGUGUCAGCUCCCAACAGAGUGCCCUUGACCCUCAAGUUUGAGAAGUUCAGCCUUGACAUUUCAGAUAAACUUACUAUACUCAACAAUGUCAGUGCUGUUGUCUGGGAGCAGGGGGGAAGUGCGGUGUACCCACCACUUAGGAUUGAAGGUGGCGCCUUCAUUGCCAAGUUCAUCUCAUCACCCAGUGCCAACAGCAAAGGAUUUAACAUCUCAUUUUCAGUCGAUUGCCCAGAGCCAGCUAUAAAUAAACAGACAUCAGAAAUGAUUGGGACAGUGGGCUAUGCGUAUGACAGCAGCUUUAACGUGUCCUGUCUAAAUGGGAGCAAGUUUUAUCAGGUGGAGCAUGCUGGGAAAACAUCAGUUCAUUUAUUUUGUGGAGCUUAUGGAUCCUGGAAUGUCAACACCUCCCCCAGGUGUGAACCAAUCCUGUGUCCUAAACCACCAACAUUAACCAAUGGCUACAUUGUCAACUCUACGGGCAACAUGGCUUAUAAUGGAACAUUGACCUAUACGUGCUACCCUGGUUUUACCCUUCAGCCAACUGACACAGUUUAUUGUAACUCUGAUGGACACUGGUCACACAUGCCAUCAUGCAUAUCCUCUGAUUGUGCAUCACCACCCAAAGAUCUGCCCAAUGGGAAAGUUACACUAACAGGAAAUGGAUCCUACGCUUCAAUACUUCGAUACACUUGUAAUCCUGGAUAUGAUCUUAUUGGGGUCACAACACAGUUUUGUGGGUCUGAUGGUCAGUGGACUGGUCAAGCUCCGAUGUGUAGAAUCCAGAAAUGCAAAUCUCCAACCGUAGCCAAUGGUGAUGUAAACGCCAGCGAGGCAGAGUUUAACCAGACAGUAGAGUUAAGCUGUAGGAGCGGCUACACCGUCAGCCCAGCAGGCAGUGCCAUCAUGACCUGUGGAGACGACCAGCAGUUUCACCCACUUCUAUCUUGUAUAGAUGUCAAUGAGUGUAACUCCAAUGUUUGUCAACAAGUGUGUAGCAACACACCUGGCAGCUACACAUGUCGCUGUUUACCUGGGUAUCAGGCAGAUGGAACCAAGUGUAAUGAUAUUGAUGAGUGCAGCACAAGCUACCCAUGUAAUCAAAGCUGCACAAAUUUGAAUGGAUCCUAUUCAUGUGCGUGCAACACUGGCUAUACAUUAUACACAGCCAAUGGGACGGAGAAGUUUUUUAUACCUCAAUCAGAGGAUGGUACACUGGCCGGGGACACAUAUAGACUCAACCAUUCUUGUGUUCCUGUUCUGUGUACCAGCCUGCCCACACCAGCCAACGCUGAACUGCUGACCCAGAACUUACACUACCACUACAAGGCCAAGGUUGAGUUCAAAUGUCAACUGGGGUUUGUUAUGUCCAACCCAAUGGCCGGAGUUUUAACAUGCGCAGACACUAGAGCUUGGACUGGCCCUCAGAUCAACUGUACAAAAGCCAUGUGUGAUGUAGAACCAGCAACCAACUUGACCAACCCAGGAAACCUAAGCACAACUGCUACCAUGAUACCAUACGGAGAAGUCAUCACCAUUUCCUGCUUUAGGCCUGGCUUCAAACCUUCCAGCUUUACAAGGAGAAGAAGAUGCACUCUAAUUGGUGGCCAGUAUACACUUGAUGGUAGUGUCAAAGACUUUGAUUGUGGCUUCAUUUCCUGUGGGAGGCCCAAAAAUGAACCAGGAUCUAGCUACAGCAGCCUCUCAACAUUCUACUACGGUAACAGUUUUAUUUUUGGCUGUGAGAGCAUGUUUACACUUGAAGGCAUGAGCACCCUGAACAACAAUACAACAGUCACAUGCAAAGCUGAUGGCACCUGGGAUUUUGGCAACCUGUCCUGCUCAGGUGUACAAUGUGAGGACCCAGGCCAACCCCACCUGGGGCAGCAGGUAGCCAGUGACUAUCGAGAAGGUCAGCUGGUCAUCUUUAACUGUACACGCCCUGGCUACCAGCUGGAGCCACCGUAUCCCAUGUCCUGCAACUUUUCAAACAACAAACCUUCAUUCAAUGCUUCACUGCCCAAAUGUCAAGACAAAGAAAAACCAACAAUUGAAAACUGUCCGUCAUCUGAAAUCUUCAUUGGAAAAGGGAAAUUGGUGUCGCCUUACGUGUCCCCUGUCCCCUCAGACAAUGGGGGGAUACAGUCACUUGUGGUACUUCCAGCAUGGCCGCCUAGCGACAUGACGCUCAGCGCCAUGGUAACCAAGGCAACCUUCAACUUCACAUACAAAGACUAUGCUGGAAACCAAGAAACUUGCUCUGUAACAUUAAAAGUUAAAGAUGAUACCCCACCAAACAUCAUCUGCCAGGAUGCCUACACGUUUGAAUUUAGAAACCAGACAGAUGACCUGUACCAGGCCUUCAACAGGAAUGUCGUGCAUGUUUUUGAUGACUCCACUCCCAUGGACCAGCUUGUGGUGACCUUUGAACCUGCAAAUUACACUUUCAGGCCAGGUCAGAUGCUAAGCCCAUCCUUCCCUCCCAGUCAUUACCAGCUGGUUACAGCUAGAGUUCAAGACAACUUCAACAACACAGCAGUCUGCCAGUUUGGCUUGUACUACCAGCCUGACGUAUGUAGCCCGUACUAUGUGAGAACCCCUCCCAACGCCAAUCUUACGUGUUCACCAAAUGGGGAUGGCUAUGACUGCAUCAUUCAGUGUGUCAGUGGAUACCGUCUGUAUUCUGAUCUGUCCAAAACCUCCGCUAGAGUUUCUUGUUCUAAGAGAGGAGAAGAGUUUCUACCUAAAGAUGACGUCAAGUGUGUUAGCCUGGCAAAAGAUUUGAUUGAAGGAGGUUAUCACAUGAUUGUAAACUAUACCUACGUGGGAAAUGUGACGGACAGCUGUAAGACCGGCUAUGGAACCAUUAUAAAUAAUACUCUGCAACAGAUGAACAACGAAAAAAGGCCAACUGUCCUAUGUGAUUUUUUUCAGCUCACUGGAAAAAUGACCUUAAAGUCCCUGGAAAUCAACUCUACUCUGAAAACAGUAUCUGUCCAGUACAUGUUGACCUUUGAUAAGGUCACCAACGGAUCUUACAGAGCUUGUGCUGACCUUGUCGAGUUGGCAUUUGAAGACCCUAAUAAAUAUGCUGCUGUCGUGGGGGACCUGCGUGAAUACAAGCCAAGUUCCUGUGCCCCUAUCACCUAUCAAAAAACUCAAAUCAACUACAAUGGCUACUACUGUGAGGAUGUGUCCAAAAAACUUGUCUCUGUUGGUGAUGUUGGCUAUUGCUUGGUGUGUCCACCUGGCACCUACACAUCCAAUGGGAACUGUGUCCCGUGUCCCCUGGGGACAUAUGGACAACUCUCCAACACUCAAGUCUGUAGUUCCUGUCCUUCUUACACAUACACAUAUAGAGUGGGGGCUGUCAGUGAUAGGGAAUGUGCAGCCCAAUGCAGUGCAGGAGCAAUAUCUAACAGCACCAGUCUACCUCCGUGUAGUUUCUGUCCAGUCCACACCUACUGGACAAAUGCCAGCAGUUGUGAACCUUGUCCCAACAACACCAUCACAAGAACCAAGGGCGCUAAGACCAAACUGGAAUGUUUAGCUCCGUGCCCACCUGGACAGUUUAAUGAGAUUGACGGUCAUGGCACCUGUCUUCCCUGCCCAAAAAAUUUCUACUCAGACAAGUCAGGGUCAAUGUCCUGUACUGAAUGUUUGAAGGAUGAGUACACAGAAAACAUGAACAGUUCAAGUGUCAACCAGUGUAUCCGUUUAAAUGGAUCAGUAACAUGCAACCGCACGUGUAUUAAUGGUGAUUGUCAGCAGAUCUUGGCCCACACAAUGUCAUGCGUAUGUCACCAAGGCUGGUAUGGAGAGUAUUGUGAUAAAUCUUUUGACCCCUGUGCCUCCACACCUUGUCACAACAGUGGCACAUGUCAAUCAAAGGGACUUAACUUUACCUGUCUGUGUCCCCAAGGAACUUUUGGUUACCUAUGUGAGGGUCUCAACAAGACGUGCACCCAAAACUAUUGUCAGAAUGGUGGCAUGUGUGAGAAUUUGGUCAACACCGCCAGGUGUCACUGUUUACCUGGGUACAGCGGAGACAGGUGUCAAUCUUUCCAAGACCUCUGUUCUACUCAGCCUUGCCUUAACGGUGGCACCUGCAAGUCUCUUGGCAUCCGCUACACCUGUAUCUGCUCACCUGGUUAUGCUGGCCUCAACUGUAACAGUAGUGUUGAUGACUGCUACUCCAACCCUUGUGCCAAUAACGGGACAUGUAUUGACGGUGAAGGAAGGUUUACAUGUGACUGUAGCACAGCUGCAGGAUAUGCUGGGCCCCAGUGCCAGCAGAGAGUUCUAGAAUGUAAUGAUACCAAGUGUGGAGGCCACUCCAAGUGCUUUGAAGACGAGGCUCAAAAUUCUUUCAUUUGUGCUUGUGAUGUACAGACGGAUUAUUCCGUUGUCCUCAAGAACCAGAGCUGUUCACCAAGAGACCUUUGUUUAAACAACCCUUGCUUCAAUAAUGGAACUUGCAAGUCCAGUGGAGCGUCCACCACAUGCUCCUGCCCCGAAGGUUAUGGGGGCUCAGUGUGUCAACACAACAUUGAUGAGUGCAGAAGUCAGCCCUGUCAAAAUGGUGGCAAUUGUACAGACGGUGUCAACAGCUUCACUUGUGAUUGUACAGGCACAGGAUACCAAGGCCCCAGUUGUGAGGUAGACAUUGAUGAAUGUCAGACAAACAACUGCAGUGUCAACAACACAAGUCAGUGUCGUAACCUGCUCAAUCAAUACACCUGUGAAUGCAAGCCAGGCUACACUGGAACUUUUUGCCAGAUUGAUGUUGAUGAGUGCUCCCCCAUGCCUUGUCUACACGACGCAGGGUGUGAGAAUCUGGUCAACGGAUAUAAAUGUCACUGUCCCAGAGGCUGGAGGGGAGGUAACUGUCAGGAGGAGAUCAACGAAUGUGGCAGUACACCCUGUUCUCAUGCCGCACCCUGCACAGAUCUCUUUGAUGACUACUACUGCAGCUGUAGACCCAAUACCUUUGGGAAAAACUGUAGCUCAAGUACCUCGGUAUGCCAGGUUGCCAAUCCUUGUCUGGGAGGUGCUUGUCUUGAACCAAACAGUCUCUGUUCAUGUAAUGCUUCUUAUACUGGGGAGCGUUGUGAGCUGGUGGUCAACUUUUGUUCCAACACCUCAAACAUCUGCCUGAAUGGUGCCACAUGUAUCCCUUCAUUGGAUGGUUUUAAGUGUGUUUGUCCACUAGGUUACACUGGAGACUUGUGCCAGAUAAACAUAAACGACUGUAGCCCAGGCACAUGUGUCCCUAGUGCCCAGUGUAUUGACAUGGAAGGCAAAACUUUCUGUAGAUGUCCAUUGGAUACUGACGGAGAGAAUUGUGACAGGGGUUGGAACCAAGACUUUGAUCUGCUGUUUGAGGAUAAAAGGAGGGUAGGGAUGGCGUACCUGAGGUAUCCUGUUGCCCUCAACAGCUCCAACUUUAGCAUCUCUGUCUGGCUGCAGUUUGGGGAGACCAACGGCAAAGGCACAUUCUUGUCUUUGUUUACUGUACCCCAAGCCAACAGCCUGCGAGGGAAGCAACUUGUGUUGUCCCUGGAUGAACGAAGUGUUUACUACAGCCAUGGAGGCCACAAUGUCUCCUACACUCACAGCACCAGGUACAAUGACGGCAAGUGGCACUACCUGGUGCUGAAUGUCAAUGCUGGAACUGGCCAGAUCAACUUGAUUGUUGACACCAUCAACAGCCAAGCUAUUCCUAUUCCACUUGCCACAUUGGAUGUCUACCUCUGGCUAGUACUAGGAAGUAAAUAUGACUUGAACCAGAAUGCAGCUGUUGAAGGAGAAGGAUUUUAUGGCAAGCUUUCAAGGGUCACCAUUUACUCCAAUGUGCUGCGCCACAGAGAUGAUGUGACCAUUGUGGGCAACAAUAAUGUGUCGGCACUUUUUGCCAACUCAAUUCUGCGCUGGAGUUCUGAGCUGGCCUAUACUGUGGGAGUCAGGAGAUUAGUUCCCUCUCAGGCGGAUCAAAGUUGUCAGUUUGGCUACAUCAACUACCCCACCUGCACACAACAACCUGGUAAAAACAUGGUAAAAGUUGUGAAUGGAUCUUGCCCCAGGGAUCAGCUGAAAUACAACACGGAGAGGUUGACCCAAAUCUUUUGGGAUCCACCCAGCUUCACUGGCCAACCUGCGCAGGUCGCUUCCAUUCAAUCAGGCAGCACUUUUGUUUGGGGCAAAUACCACGUGGCCAUUGAGGCAACCAACAGUGAUGGCAACAAAGCCCUAUGUUUGUUUGAUAUAUUUGUUCAAAAUGAUGAGUGUAGUGACCCUGAACGUCCAGCCAAUGUUGAGAACAUGCUGUGUAGUCCAGCAACGUACAGCAAGUACAGACAGUGUGGGCCCACCUGUCGGGCCAACUAUGCCCCCUCGAUCCCCAGUCCCGUCAUACACACCUGCGGGCCAGUGGGGAACUGGGACCCUCCAAACAAAUUUCUCCCUUACAGGAUAUCACCUUGUGGGGACACAUCACCUCCCAAGCACCAGUUGAUCAUCAACUUGAGCUACUCAGUGCCUUCAAGAGAAUGCCAGCAAGUGAAGGAUGCCCUGACUAGUGAGCUCUACAAGACACAG